GCCACUCUUACUAAGGCCGCUUCCCCACUGCAUUAUAACGGCGAGCUUCCAACACGUAGCGGUGAAAUCGGCCUGCAACCAGUUCUCUUAGACAUACCCCUAUCCGCCCUCUGUCUGUUUAUCACUUUCUAAGUAGAUCCAAGCACAAUCAGCAUGACGGAUGCGACUCGUGGCUUGCCUCUCCUAAGUGGACCGCCACCCAUUGUUGAAGAGCCCAGCCGAUCUGGCUGCAGAAAAUGCGGGAAAGAGUUCGGACUUCUCACUAGAUCCAGAACGUGUAAUCAUUGUGGCUUCUCAUACUGCUCCACCUGCAGCGACCAUCAGGCUCUGAUGCCCCGCAGCGAACCUCAGUCCGGACAACCCGGAUAUGAGGCUGUCCCAGUAUGCGCAUAUUGCAUCCCAAAUCUCAUUGUCACUGCCAGCGGUCGAGGGCAACUACGAUCUAUGCACGUACCCCACUUGAGAGCAUAUGCCAAGGCGUAUGGACUAUCACUUCCGCAGAAUGCCCUCGAGAAGAAUGAAAUCAUCGAAGCCAUUUUUUCGGCCAGGGGGCCUAACGGUUGCUUGUCUACGGACAAUGAAGACUAUUAUCGACGGCAUUCGGUGCCCAACAGGACUUCGGGGCGCCGAUCACGGUCGUUGUUCUCUCGAAUGGCUGAUGUAGUCUCAAAUGCUGCAAAUGUAGCUCAGGCUGCCACAGGGGGAGGAACUCCUCGACCCAAUCCACAGCCCUCUCGCCCGAAUCAACAACCUCGGCCUCAACCUCGGCCUUCGCAACCUCGGCCUUCGCAAUCUCGCCCCUCGCAGUCCCAAACUCAAUACAAUGCUUCCCCACCGAAUGCAAAUACUUCGUAUGCCCAUCAACCCUCAUCACUUGCUAAUCCGCCACCCCGUGCGACUCGUUCUCAACCGUCCAAUCCCAAUCCCCAGCCGCCACAACCGCAACCAAUCCGUCCUGCCCGUACACCCACACCACCCCCUCCUUCUCUUGACGACCUUCUAGAGAUGACACACGAUCAGCUUCAUAAACUUUCCAUCGGUACACUGAAAACAAUCCUGUGGGACAACCAUGUGACUAUUGGUCAAAUACUCGAGAAAGAUGAUCUUGUGAACAAGGUUGAAGUCUUAUUGACAAACGAACGAUCUGACAGAGAACGGGAGGCGAGGAUAAGAGCGGAGGAAGAACAGGCUUAUUUAGAGCAGCAAGCAAGGAUGAGAGAGGAAUGGAGAAGGAGAGAGGCGGAGCGGGAGGCUUCCAGGAGAAGUCAAGAGGAUCGGAGAAUGAGUGUUGAUGUGCCGACGGAACACUCGCCAGCAGGGCACGAGUCCCAAUCUGACUCUGGGGUUCAUGUUACGCCUACGGAAUUCGUGCCUGAAGUGGUUAUCGACCCGCCAGUAGAGGAAGGGCAGCAUUCUGAGCAUCAGGAGCAUGCUGUCGCCCAUGAAGCACCAAUACGUCCUCCAUCCCCUGUACCAUCGUCAGCUUCAGCCCCUCCGACCUUAUCAUCUUCUCCACCGAAGCCAGCCAUGUCUGUUCCUGAACGAAGCGGUCUUUGUGCGAUUUGUCAAGAUGAAGAGGCAAACAUCGUCGUUGUAGAUUGCGGUCAUCUGGCGAUGUGUCGCUCAUGCUCAGAACUAGUCAUGAACUCGAGUCGUGAAUGUCCCCUGUGUAGAACGCGCAUCGUUACGCCUCAACGCUUGUUACGUGUGUUUAGGACGUAGAAUGCACCCUUUUUGUGUCAUUGUACAUCACCGUUAUUUGUAGGACCGUCCUUGGUAUAAUCAUAUUCCAUGGCUCCUGGUCCAGAUAUUUAACACCUUCCUUCGAGUCAACAUAAUGUACUUAAUCUUUGCGUCUCCAAUUAGUUAAGUUCACUCUAGUGUGAUCCG